AUGAUACUCACCCCAGACACCGUCAUCAUCUCUCGAGGUGGACCAGACAUCGCCGAACUCAAAGCCGACCCAAAGAACGCAUACCGGCUGGAUAACGACCAAUCUGCAUGGGUCGACCAGCUCCAUGGCUUUCCAGUCGUCGACGUACGCGUCGACCGCGCCAAGUGGGUCCGUGACUGGGAUGAGGGCGUCAAAAAGAUCAGCUUAAAGUCGGCGUCGGAUGCCUUCAGCGGCACUGUCAUGAUGCUCAACGGGUCACUCUUCCGCAGGAGAAUCGAGGCUUCCGACCGUGAAAUGCUUCGAGCCAUAGAGAUGGCGACGAAGGACAAUCAUCGUACGUAUCCCAACAACGUCCGCGAGCUGUUUGGCAAUCCUAUGCUGGCUCGGUACAGUCUCCGGGACUGGUUCAUGCUUGUUGACAUGGAAGAACGAACUCGAAUCCUCAGCAGCAGCAUUGAAGAGACAUGCUGGAACAGCAUGCUUGGUCAAGACGCCCGCAUGAUCUGUCCCGAGAUCAUCAGUACCGUGAUGCUCAAGCGGCGAGGCAUGGAACUGUUCGCCUUCUUUGAUCGCUACUUGCAGAUGGCACUUUCUGAGGACGAAACCGAACAAGAAAGCCUAAUUCAGACCGAGUGGUGGUCGAGCGCGUUGCAGCUGGAAGGCAUACCGCAACCACUUCACGAGAACGUCACACACACCUACAAGCUGUAUACAUGUUUUAGGCGGGACUUCCUUGAUAUGUUCGUUCUACGUACAGCAAAAGCCAUCUGCAAGGCAUGGGGUGAUGACAUGUUCAAGGGUCUCACAACGGCGCCUCGCCUCAUGUGGAAUGCUAGUCACAGAGGAUUGCGUAGCAUCGUGGCUGCAAGAAAGGACGCCAAGAGCCGAGAAACGUUAAGCUGCGAAAACUGCGAACGUAGCCCUGUGGAGAUAGGGGCUAAUGUUCGCUUCCUCGUAUGCGCAACUUGCAAGCGUAACCUCAACUUUGCUUGUUGGUACUGUUCCCGACAAUGUCAGAGAUCGGACUGGCGAAAACAUAAGGUCUUCUGCGGCAAAGAAAAGGUCUCCAAGAGUCGACAACAAGGGCGUCCGGAGUACACGCGGUCGCUUCAGCUGCUCUUACAGCUCGAACUGCAAAGCGAGGACGAUGACGUCGACUACUUUAUCUUCAACCGCGCCGCCGAGUCUCUCUCCGGUUCUCUUCCCUUCAAAGCUGCCUUUUUGACCGACGAGGAUAAGCAAACCCUCUUUAGAGAGAAGCGAGUUCUGGCCGCUAUGGACGCGGACCGUACUGGCCUCGACGUUGUUGCAAAAUGCAUCAUAGACGCGCUCGAAGAUGACAAGGCCUCAUCUGGUAUUACAAGGGAACAUGUCAUCCAACAACUUUCAGAGGAGUAUGGUGUUGAUGUGGGGUCUCGCCUUGAGGCGCUUCAGGCGCAGCUGACAGCUGAUGGGGAUGAGAACCUGUACAGCGGCAUGUGCGUCUAUAGCGUGGCUUACCACGAGGAUCUUGUUCAAUGGGCCAUGAAGUGGGAGAAGAUGAUUAAACAAGAGUAUAACGGACUCGAGGGAGGUAGAUCAGACGAGGAGGGAGAAUCCACUGAUGAGGAGGAAAGUAUGGAGGAGUAGGUGAUUUGUACGGCACUUGCUACUUCGACAGGCGAACAAGAUUCUGACCAUGAUGACGUC